ACCACCUGGUUCCACGCAGCUGGAGAAGCCACACAUGCCGCUGGCCACCACAUCAACGGUUGGCAAUAUUUUCAGUCAGCAUUCAUUUGGAUUGAGUCAGGGAUUUCAGGAGCAUUAUGCUCGGCCUCAGCUACAUGUGAGACAUCGUCGGGCAGCAAGCGGAGGAUUGGCAGUAGAAGAAGGAGGAGCAGCAGCAUCCACCCUCGAAAGAUCUCCACUAAAAGCAGGCUUCAGAGUUGGAGCAGGAACAGCCAGAAGUCGUAGAAGAGGUGGAGGAUCUGGCAGCCCCAGGCCAAGGCGACCCAAGGGCAGCGGCAGCAGCAGCAGCAGCAGCAGCAAAAGCAAAAGCAAACCUCAGCCAAAGCCGCAAACCAAACCACAAGUGGGACCUGAUGCGGCGGCGGGACCUGGAGUGUUGCACCUGCCACACGCUGUUCAUCUGCUGCACAGGAAUCAUAGUGGGGCAGCCAAGGAGAAUCAUUCUCUGCCAGAUCAGAGCAAAGUCAAACUAAAGAAACAGAAAAAGCCAAAGACAAAGUCAAAGGCCAAGGCAAAGGCAGAGAAGGGCUCAGGUUUUGAUAUAUUCGAGCUGAUGUCUGGCGGGGACUACGAUGAUGAUGAUGCCGAUGGGGAGGAGGAGGAGGAUGCCUACUACUAUGAGGAUGAGGAUGCUGGCGAUGAAAAGGAGCCGGGACAGUCUGCACAAGCAACCAGCAGUAGCAGCCCCGAAGAUCUCAAGGAGGACAGCAGCUCGGCGGAGGAGGGCGCCGACUUUGGGGCCAUGGAAGAGUCAGAGUCGGAGGUGGAAACAACGCUCGCACCCUCCAGCACUGAUGUGGAGGAGGAGCAGUUGUCCAGCACAAAGAACAGCAUGGCCAAAAAGAAGAAGCGGAUACGCAUACGGAGACGACCGCCCGCCUUGGCAUCCUCAUCGGAGGAGGAUGACUACGAUGAUGAUGAUUCUGGUGGCAUUGGUGGAUUUUUUCGCAUGAUUUUCUAUCCCGUUCAAGUGGCCAUGUCCCGCCUGAUGGACUUUGGCUUCGGCAGUCCAUCGUCGUCGUCCACCGACGAGGAGGACGAGGAGGAUCACAAGGUGCAGCCCACAAAGUAUCCAAAAUAUCCCAGCUACACGCUCUACCACAGCGCACACAGCAACGAGGCCUAUGCUCAGUCCGAAGACGAGGAAGAUGAUGACGACGAGGAGGAGGAGGACGGCAGCAGCGGCCUGGGCCUGGGCCUGGGCAGUUGGUUUAGCUCUUGGUUUGGUCCGGGACGACGCACCAAGAAGAUUGGCAGCACCACCACCAGCACAACCACAGUGCUGCCAGUGCCAGCACCCACCCAGGAGCCAGCGAGUUGGCUGGAGUCAUGGUUUGGCCUUGGCAAAACAACAACAACCACAACGCCCACCGAUGCCGAUGAAGAUGACUAUGACAAAUGGUUUUAUAGCUGGUUCGACGCUAAGCCCAAAAGGAAAGUGCGCCGGCGCAGCACGACAUCAACGACGACGUCGACGACAACCAGCCAACCGUCGGCUCAGGCUGCCGCUCAGGUGCCCAUAUUGACAAUUGUGGAUCCAUUGAGGAAUCCACAAAACUGGAUUGGCAUACUCGCCCAUCACAUAGUGAACUCCACGGGCACAACGACGGCGAAUCCUUUGCUGCAGGCGCUGGUCACCAGAAUGACAACGACCAAGGGGACGACAACGACGACCACCGAGAAGCCGGAUAUGCCGCGCAGGAUAAGCUAUGAUAAGUAUCAGAUAUGGCGCUUGAAGCCGCAGGAUGAGGCACAGGUGCGAGCACUGGAGGAGUUCAAGAAGGGCGAGGAUGGCGUCAAGAUGCAGUGGCUGAAGGGGCCCAGUCUCAGAGGUCUCACCGAUGUCCUGGUGCCGCAAAAAAUGCUCGUGGAUUUCCAGGGCACACUCAACUACGAGGGCAUUGCCCAUGAGGUGCUCAUCUUUGAUGUGGGCAAGGCCAUUGCCUAUGAGCAGUCGAAGGAGGAUUAUCUGCACACGACACCCAUCGCCACGAAGCGACCAUCCAAGCCGAGGCCCAUGGCCAUUGCACAGCCUGGCAUGACCUGGAACCGUUAUCACACACACGACGAGAUUGUGCAAUAUCUGGAAACGAUGCGCAUGCGGCAUCCGCAGCUUGUCGAGCUCAUCCACAUUGGACGCUCCUACGAGGGUCGUCCACUGAUUGUUGUCAAAAUCGAGUCGAAGCAAUCGGCGGCCAAUGCAGCAGCCAAUGCCACAUCCUCGGGCUACAAGAGACCCAAGCGCAAGCGAAAAUCCGGCCAGGCGAAUGCCGUCUUUGUGGAGGCUGGCGCCCAUGGUCUGGCAUGGAUUGGACCAGCCACGGCCACCUGGAUGAUCGCCGAGCUGCUGCGAUUGAUGAAAACCAACAAGAGCAACGAGGAGCUGGAGCUGAUACGCAAUACCACGUGGUAUGUUAUGCCCGUGCUGAAUCCGGACGGUUAUGCCUUUAGCCAUGAGUACGAUCGUUUCUGGAAGAAGUCGCGCUCCCAGCACAUGGCCCGCACACCGGGCGGACUGCUCGACUCGGCCAUGACGUGGCUGCAACCGAAACGCGGCCCGGAUAAGGUAUGCCACGGCGUGGAUCUUGAUCGGAAUUGGCUCUAUCAUUGGGGCAAGCGUGGCAGCUCCAAGGCGCCGUGCAAUGAGUUCUAUGCGGGACCCGCACCCUUCUCCGAGCCAGAGACAAAGGCCGUCUCCGAUUUUCUCAUGGAUCAACGCACACAGAUCAAGCUCUACAUUUCGCUGCAGGCAUAUGGCCAAGUGGUUUCGUAUCCGGUGAAGACCAAUUCCACAUUCAAUUCGGAGCGCUUGGAUGACUUCCUGGACGUGGCCAUGGUGGGCACCGAUGGCCUGCGCAAAAAGGGCAGCAAAUCGCGCUACAAAGUGGAUGCCUCCAACGAUCUGAUCGAGCAGCGUUCCGGUUGCGCCGAUGCCUUUGCCGCCUACGAGAUUGGCAUACCCUUCAGCUAUACCAUCCAGCUGGCAGACAAUGGUGUCCAUGGCUAUCUGCUGCCCAGCAGCGCCAUUGAGCCAACGGCUCGGGAUGCCUUUGAGAUUGUCAGCGGCAUGCUGGACUACAUUUAAGAGCAGACUCCGACUGGCCCAUGCCAAUGCCGUGUGUGGCGUCUCUCUGGGGUUGGGUCAGGGCUUUAUGCAUACAAUUCUUAGUUCCUUUUUUUUGUUUUUUUUUUGUGCGUGUGUCU